AUGAUUCGAACGCUCCUUUUACUGGCCUUGAGCCUUGGGGCCGCUCUAGGUCAAACCAGUAUGGGCAUUGGAUCACCGUUGUUUAAUUCGUCGUCGUCAUCGUCUUCCCAGUUAUUCGAUGCUAUCAUAAGCAAAAUACGCAAUCUUACAAAAACUUGGACUCCGGGCCGAAAUCCGUUGCCCCCUGCAUUCUAUCGCGGAAGUGUACGACUAGAGCAACUGGAGAGGGAGCGACUUCCGGCAGGGAUUCUGGUGUUGAAAACUGAAGUGCAAUUGCCCGAAUCAUUCGAUGCACGAACAAGAUGGCCGAAUUGUCCGAGUAUUGGUGAAAUCCGCAACCAGGGAUGCUGUGGGUCUUGUUGGGCCAUAUCAGCUGCCGCAAUCAUGACCGAUCGGUGGUGCAUUCACUCGCCUGAUAGUGCUCAGUUCACUUUCGGUGCGUUCGAUAUACUGGCUUGCUGUAAGGAGUGCGGAAAUGGUUGCGACGGUGGAGAUCUGGGACCUGCAUGGACUUAUUGGGUGGAACACGGUGUUUCUAGUGGAGGACCACAUAAUUCCCGAUGUGGAUGCCAUCCGUACCCAUUUGACGUUUGCCGACACCGGGAUGAGCAGGUUCCGACUCCAAAGUGUGUGAGAACGUGUCAAGCGACCUACAAUCAGACGGACGCAACGCAGGAUAUUCGCUUCGGCCGUGAAGCCUAUUCGGUUCCCAUGGAUGAAUCACGGAUAAUGGAGGAAAUUUUCAUGAAUGGACCAGUUCAGGCAACUUUCAAAAUGUACGAAGACUUUAGAGUUUACAAGAGUGGCGUCUAUAGGCAUGUGUGGGGUCCGUUGGUGACUGGACAUGCGAUCAAAAUCAUAGGUUGGGGUGUCGAGAAAGGGACAAAGUAUUGGUUGUGCAUAAACUCGUGGGGUGAAAGUUGGGGCAGCAAAGGUCUGUUCAAAAUAAUACGGGGUGAAAAUCACCUGAAUAUUGAACGGGAUGUUCACACUGGCUUACCGGAUUAUCGCAAACAUGAGGAAAUGUUUUCUUUCAAUUAUUGA